AUGGUCAAGGAAACGAAGUUCUACGACACCCUCGGGGUCCCUCCCACUGCUACCGAGGCUCAGCUCAAGACCGCCUAUAAGAAGGGUGCUCUUAAGUACCACCCUGCUGACAUACCUUCGUCACAUGAAGACAAGAACACCAACAACCCCGAUGCCGCAGAGAAGUUCAAGGAACUGUCGCACGCCUACGAGACUCUUUCCGACCCCGAGAAGCGUCAGCUAUAUGAUCAGCUCGGUGAGGAAGGCCUGGAGCAUGGCGGCGGUGGCGGCGGCAUGAACGCCGAGGAUUUGUUCUCUCAAUUCUUCGGCGGCGGCGGCGGCGGCCCCUUCGGUGGAAUGUUCGGCGGCGGCAUGCGUGAACAAGGCCCCAAGAAGGCCCGCACAAUCCACCACGUGCACAAGGUUAACCUCGAGGAUAUCUACAAGGGCAAGGUAUCCAAGUUGGCACUCCAGAAGUCCGUCAUCUGCGGUGGCUGUGAUGGCCGCGGUGGUAAGGAGGGCGCUGUCAAGGAGUGCGCGGGCUGCAACGGUAGCGGUAUGAAGACUAUGAUGCGCCAGAUGGGUCCCAUGAUCCAGCGCUUCCAGACCGUCUGCCCCGACUGUAACGGUGAGGGCGAGAUUGUCCGUGAUAAGGACCGCUGCAAGAAGUGUAACGGCAAGAAGACUGUCGUUGAGCGUAAGGUGCUUCACGUUCACGUCGACAAAGGUGUGCGCGACGGCCACAAGAUUGAGUUCCGUGGCGAGGGUGAUCAGAUGCCCGGUGUCAUGCCCGGUGAUGUCGUGUUCGAGAUUGAGCAGAAGCCCCACGCGCGCUUCCAGCGCAAGGGCGACGACCUGUUCUACCAGGCCGAGAUCGACCUUCUUACCGCUCUUGCCGGCGGUUCCAUUCACAUUGAGCACCUCGACGAUCGGUGGUUGACCGUGAACAUCGCCCCUGGCGAGGUUAUCGUUCCUGAUGCCAUCAAGGUCAUCCACGGCCAGGGUAUGCCCUCAUUCCGCCACCACGACCACGGUAACCUGUACAUCAAGUUCGAUGUCAAGUUCCCUACCAAGGACGAGCUCCAGAACCUGGAACUCUUGGAGAAGGACUUCGAGCUGGAGGACCCCGAGAACGAGCACGACCAGGCCCGCGCCCACGGCGCGGCCACGGCCGGCAUGGACGAGGAUGAUGACGACGUGCCCGGUGGUGCCGAGCGGGUGCAGUGUGCUUCGCAGUAA